UUGUGGUUUUGCAUCAUAGUGAGUAAAUUUCCUUGUGGUUACAACCACAAAACAACAGAAAAGAACUAUAGAAUACAAAGACUGUGGGAUGGCUAGAUCUACUUUUGACGAAGCUGAAUGGUAUGACAAGAACUCGCCCACUCAAUUCAAAGAUGGGUUGCGGCUCAUAAAGCUUGCAGAUCCCCAGAAAGGAGAUAAAGUCUUGGACUUCGGUUGUGGCACAGGAAAUCUCACAACUCAUUUUUCUGAACUGGUUGGUCCGGAGGGGAAGGUGAUUGGAGUGGACCCUGAUGGUGAGCGUCUGGCCUUGGCUCGAAAGACUUACUCUGCUAGCAACUUGGAGUAUGUGCAAGGAAGCGCGAACGAGGUACCGGGGGGAGAUUACGACAUCAUCUUCUCCAACCAUGCCAUGCACUACUGUCCUGAUAAGAAUGCCACCCUCAAAACACUCGCCUCCAAAAUGAAGAAAGGAGGGAAGCUGGUUUACAUAAUUUGUGUUGAAGAUCAAGUUAAGGUAUUCGCUGACAACAUGCCUGGACUAUUUGGAAAGAAAUUCAGAGAUACCUGGGCAGCUUAUUACCACUACACCAGUAGUGAGGACUACAAACGCUACACAAUCGCUAAUAAUUUCUCAAUUGAUCACAGUGAAAUAAUUGUUUGCAGAUACGACUACAAGAACGUGGAAGAGAUGGUGGAGUUUCGAAAGACUCAUAUACGAGGAGAGUAUGAUGAUUCUGAGUUCAACCUUGAGGCCAUGAGACGUGCGUAUGGUGAAGAGCCAUUUCACCAUAACUACGACUACCUUCUAGUGAAAGCCACCUACACUGGAUGAAGCCUCCUAGAGUCUUAGCUAUUUAUAUAUGUAGUUCCUAGGAGCACAAGGCCGGUUAAAGACUGAUGCGAUAUGCGCAUGGUCAAUUGUGUAUUAUUUAUGAUGUACUCUUAUAAUUAUACCGACUCUGCUAUAAUAUGUUAAGUUGCCAUGGAUGCAUGUAUGACUACUAAUGCAUGGGGCUCAACCUAACACUGUUUGGUUGAGCCACAGAUUGAAGAGUUAACUCUUCAAUCUAUGGUUGAGCCCCAUGACAUACAUGUUAAUGACAAUGUACAAUUUCAACCUUUAAUUAUAAUGACCAGUUCCAAAUAA